UGGCUUGUUUUAUCGGCGGGCCAAUUGGAAAAUCGGUGUGCUGUUGUUUGGUUUUCCGGUUGCUUUUAAACGAUGAACCGUGAAGCAUUUGUGUCAUGUGGUCCGGUUCUUAACAUGGCUACCUCGUUGGUACUUUGGAGGGGGUGCGCCACAGCAGCUAUGGCAUCUAGCAAGGGCACGAGGUGGGAAAGAUUGCUGAAUACUCGUGCAGGAGCGUGGUGCCGCAGUCUUCUGAGCGACUACAAGGAGGCAUGUCGUGAGGUGGUUGUUGGAACACGGGAGCGUCCUCUCAAAGCAACUAUUUAUGUGGCCCUGCUGGGAGGAGCAUAUGCCUGCUACCGCACUAAUCCAGACAGUGCCUCUUUCCAGGCUAACAUACUAGAGACUUCCAACAAGCUAGCACUGCUGUCUCCAUGGAUACGCAGUGGCACAUCGGAUGGGCACGUUCAGAGCCUAGUAAAGCUGCACAAUGAGGGCCGCUUGCGCCACAUCAGUCUGGGCAUCGCCUCGCUGGCCUACGUGGUGGACUAUGACCCUGCCUGUAACCUGUAUGAGGCUCGCUGCACUGCCCUGUCCGUGCCCUGGGUGGAGUUUCCCAAACGCUUGUUGGACGUGGGCUUCGCCAGCCGCUGGUGGCUGAUGGAUCAGAAGAUGAAGGACUACGACAUCAAUGAGGAGGAGUUCAAGCAUCUCACCCCUGCCUUGGUCGCCACAGCACCCCCCUCGGCACAGGAGACAGAGAGAAACGAGAGUCUGCAUGAAAAAUCGUGGAAGCCACUAGUGAUGAUGGAUGCUGUGGAUGUUAUAGGGAAAGAGGGAGCAGAAACAAGGGAAAUGAAGGAGAACAGUGCAUAAGACGAGAAAUGCACUAGCAAUUAUAUGAUGUUAUAAAAGACUGUGCAGCCACUGACGUGAAAUGGAGACUUGUCGUUUAUGAUCAGAUAAAUUUGUGCUCCAGCCUGAAAGGGUACAGUGUGUUUCUGCACAAUAACUCAUUUAUUAAUAGUUAUUAAAGUACUAGGACAAAACAGUAAGUCGUCUCAAAUAUUUUUAUGAUCUUUGAUGAAAUAUGGAAUGGAAUGCACUAUUUGUUUUGAAGCAUGGGCAUGAAGCUGAGAUGUUUCUUUUAGUCAUUUUAAGAUCAUAGCAUCGUAACUUUCUUUAAAUGCAGGGCUUCUUUUAGAUUUUCUGCAUUACACUGUUGCUGUCAAGUGACAAAAUUACACAGGUAACUAGAUCUUAACAACAGAUGAAUGGAAAUUGUCUCCAGCUGAAACAGACAUAGGUGUGGUCUUGUCCUCAGAGGGAAAGACUGUUUUCUUUCUGCGCCUUCAUAAUGGUGGUCACCACUUUUUUUUUCUUUGGCUAAAGACACAGGUUAAUUAUAUUUUUAAUCAGAUACCAUUUGAGUGACAUGUUUCAUUUCCAGGAGAAAUCUUCAUGCUGCAAAUUUCGGUUUUCUCUGCUCCACACAUGCGCACAUGCACGUUCUGAGAUCGUUGGUAUUGAUCUUGUGGUUCUCCAAGCUCCAUAGGCUCUUGUUUGUGAUCAGUAUCCGAUCUCCUGGAGAGGGUCGUUCAUCCUGACCCUGCAGUAAAGAAUGCGAGGGUAGGGAGGGUGGGGGAGAAGUGUGCCAUCUUAAACAGUAUUCAGUGUGUGAAUACUAAUACUUCGAAGGUCCAUGGAAGGAAACAGACAACCACUGCAUUAAACCAUGGGGGUGCAAUGGAAGCAAAAUGAAAGACUCAUGAAAAUGUAUUUGAAUAGUCUAGUAACCUUAGCUAAAGUGUUAAUUGAAGUAGGCACACUAAACAUGGUAUUCUUUAAUGAUGCUGUUUGCUGUGUGUGAUGUCGUUGAAGCCCUAUGGAGCCUCCAUUACUGCCUCUGAGGUUUCCUUUCUUGGCAGAGCACCCCCUCUGCAUGCUGCACAACCCUAAAGGUUUUUCCUUAUCUGCUUGUAACUAUACCCCACUUGGGAAUGGGGGAAAAAACUUGCUGUAAUGGGGUCAAAGGUGAAUCAGUGAUGUCAUUAAAUACACAUUUUCAAAC